AUGAUUUUGGGGUUAUAUAUAAAAGCCGAGUUGGAAAACGUCGACAGUGUUAGGGCCGUGCCUGGCAUUCGUUGGGAAGUGGAUGUAAAAGAGCCAACGGGCUACGAGUUCCGCAAAAACGUCUACUUUAGUAGUUCUGAAAGCUACAGCAUACCAAAUUCUAGAGGGGAUGCCAAUUUUAUAGUAAAGUGGAGGGACUCGGAUGCCAGGGCUAGUAUACGGAUAGCGGAAGAGGGCAUACCCUACACUACGGAGGACGUUGGCAAAUUCAAGUGUAUAGCCAAAUUUGAAGCGAGAGGUUUGGACAUUAUCAAGUGGCACCCGCGAGGCGGGUUUCAGGCACUGAGAGGCGGGCGAGUGUAUGCCGUGACCUUCCAGGAGGGUUCUUGGGCAGAUUACGAUUCGGACACAAAUGAGCCCCUAUCUGUGUUGGAGUUGGAUUACAAGUUUGCGAAGUUGUAA